GUCAUGUCACCUGCUUUCUCGUGACGUCACGAUAUAUCCGGAAGUUGCCACAGCACUCGCUCUCACAGAUCCGAGAAUUGGUUUGAUGGAGCAAAGGGACUCAGCGCAGCUCGUUAGACAAAGACAACGAUGGGACCAGUAUGCAAACAGCAUGGAUUCUACUGGAAAUUUUACACAGGACCAGAGAUCUCCAACGGGAAAGAAAGCCUUCAAGUGCACUGUGUGUGGGAAGGCAUUUUCAGAUUCAUCUGCUCUUAAAAAACACCAGAAAACACACACAGGAGAGAAACCCUUCAGGUGUAGUGUGUGUGGGAAGGCAUUUUCAAGUUUAUCUUAUCUUAAAAUACACCAGAGAACACACACAGGAGAGAAACCCUUCAAGUGUAGUGUGUGUGGGAAGGCAUUUUCAAGUUCAUCUUAUCUUAAAAAACACCAGAGAACACACACAGGAGAGAAAGCCUUCAAGUGUACUGUGUGUGAGAAGGCAUUUUCAAGUUCAUUUUAUUUUAAAAUACACCAGAGAACACACACAGGAGAAAAUGCCUCCAAGUGCACUGUGUGUGAGAAGGCAUUUUCAAGUUCAUUUUAUCUUAAAAUACACCAGAGAACACACACAGGAGAGAAACCCUUCAAGUGUAGUGUGUGUGGGAAGGCAUUUUCAAGUUCAUCUUAUCUUAAAAAACACCAGAGAACACACACAGGAGAGAAAGCCUUCAAGUGUACUGUGUGUGAGAAGGCAUUUUCAAGUUCAUUUUAUCUGCCGCGUGACGUCACGAGCUGCUACACCGCGCUCGCUCUCACAGAUCCGAGAAUUGGUCUGAUGGAGCAAAGGCACUCAGCGCAGCUCAGUAGACAAAGACAACAAUGGGACCAGUAUGCAAACAGCAUGGAUUGUACUGGAAAUUUUACACAAGACCAGAGAUCUCCAAUGGGAGAGAAACGCUUCAAGUGCACUGUGUCUGGGAAGGCAUUUUCAGAUUCAUUUAAUCUUAAAAAACACCAGAGAACACACACAGGAGAGAAACCCUUCAGGUGUAGUGUGUGUGGGAAGGAAUUUUCAUUUUCAUCUGGUCUUAAAAAACACGAGAGAACACACACAGGAGAGAAACCCUUCAAGUGCACUGUGUGUGGGAAGGCAUUUUCAAGUUCAUAUUAUCUUAAGAUACACCAGAGAACACACACAGGAGAUAAACCCUUCAAGUGCAGUGUGUGUGAGAUGGCAUUUUCACAUUCAUCUAAUCUUAAAAUCCACCAGAGAAUACACACAGGAGAGAAACCCUUCAAGUGCAGUGUGUGUGAGAUGGCAUUUUCACAGUUAUCUAAUCUUACAAUCCACCAGAGAACGCACAAAGGAGAGAACCCCUUCAAGUGCGGUGUGUGUGAAAUGGCAUUUUCACAUUCAUCAAAUCUUAAAAUGCACGAGAGAACGCACACAGCAGAGAAACCCUUUAAGUGCAGUGUGUGUGGGAAGGCAUUUUCACGUUCGUCUUAUUUUAAAAUACACCAGAGAACACACACAGGAGAGAAACCCUUCAAGUGCACUGUGUGCGGGAAGGCGUUUGCACAGACAACACAGCUUAAUACACACCAGAUAACACACUGGCAUCAGAAGACCCCCAAGGAGUGUAGUCUGAAAUCGACUUGUGAAAGUCAAAGUGCUGCAAUGAGCCCAUCCCUCCUGAAAAAAGAACCAGAAGUAAAUUCCAGCUUGGACACAAUGAAAUGUAUCAAGGUGACAUUUGAAGAGGCGACGGUGAAGAGCGAAGAAGUGACAGUGAAGAGCGAAGAAGUGACAGUGAAGAGCGAAGAAGUGAAGGCAAAAUGUGAAGAUGAACAUUCAACUCCAAAAUCGGACCUUCACAUCAAUGGAGGCAACGUGAAGCAGGAGGAGAAUUCUGACUGUGAGGCAGAGCGAGGCAACUCCCAGCAGUUUGUGGAAGUGGAGGUGUGGGUGGACUUCUUAGACAAUACAAGGUCAAAUGGAGAACCUGUAGAUGUGUAAGCUUGAGACAAUGAAGCUGCAAUAGAUUCACAUUUGUCACAGGCCUUUAAUGAAAAGAACGUGAAGUUGAAUACUCCAUUUCUAGGUUCAACCUGCAGAGUAAGAGCGGUCAGUAUUUGCGGACCUGUGGGUUGGGUAGAUCUCUAACUAGGAGCGAGAGCCAAUAAACUCCCAAGCAUUCACUAUGUUAUAAUAAUAUUAGCAUUUAUAUGGGGCUCGCUUAUCAUAUCUUUUCACAAACACUCGAAGAGCACGCCUUUUGGAGUCCUCUGGAUUAACACCGUUUGAUACUAGGCUCGAAAGAAAGCUGUCUCUGGUGUGGACCAAUCAGUUUCAAAGAUAAUGCAUAUGUUUUGUCAUAUGACCAGACGGCGAUCCGAGGGGAGAGAUUCACGUAAAGACAGAGACACGACCCAUACAUCGAGACUACUGCAAGUUACAGAAGACUACAAGCGACAGAGAGUACUGCGACGCGCAGACUCCGGGGCAUGGCCUCGAGAUCAACAAUGGGUGUUGUGUCUCGCAAAGAGGGGCGAGGUGAUGCUCGGUGCUGAGUUCGACAUGGACCGACAGAGUAUCGCUGAGAGUUUUAUUCUACAUUUAUCCUGAUGUUUUGAGUCGCUUGCAAAGUCAAGGAUUGCGAUAAGUUGUAUUGUACUAAGCUUUCACAGUUGUUUAAGAGGUGUGCAAAUACAAUUUACAAGUUUUGAGAGUGAGUUCCAGCUCCCACGAGCAGCUGCGAUCGGCAGGCUCCGGGGAACCUGCCCCCGUGACUGGCACAUCGUCAACGAGCUGCACCAGCAGAAACCACGAGUCUACGAAAUCAACACAAAGAGUUAACUUACUGCAAGCGGCAAGCUCUGGGGUGGGACUCUGCAAUCAACCAAGGAUGAAGAGGUUUGCCGAGUAGAAAUUGGUCACCGAGUACGAGCUCGGCGCUGACGGAAGAAGUAUCGCUCAAAGUUAUUCUACACUGAGUGCCAGCUACCACGAGCAGCUGCAGCCCGAGAGAUAGUGUCGAGCAACGACGAGCAAUCAACUGGGAGAAAGGGUGGAAGCCCAAGCAUCGACCAAGCCAGCAUCUUAGAGAACCAGCUGCACGCGCAACCAGGCAUCGCCAGAGAGCACGGAGCCGGAGAGAGAGCGCAGCAGCGCCACCGAGCACGGGUGUCAGCUGCCAGCGGACGAGCGGUGAGCGCUGUCGAGCACCUUCAAAGACAAGCAUCGUGACGAUUCAGCUCAUCCAGCAGGGGAAAGAGCCUGACCAGCCGCCCGUGAGGAAGAGGAGAGCGCCGUGUGUUCGACCCACACGCACCGACCAGCACCAGCUGUGAACCAAGACAAGAGUGAGGAACGGCGACCAGCAGACGAGCUGCGGGCGCUAUCUGACGACGGAAUCAUCGCGCACCGCCGACGGCGAGCGUCGUGCCGACUCUUCAUCAAGCAGUGGGCAGCAACUCCAGCUGCCGCCGAGCGAGAGAGAGCGAGGAAGCUGUGUGUAUGACCCUCCCCCACACUCACAUACUCGCCACGUAUCACCCAGCGUCUGCUUGACGCAAAGAAUUGAUCAAGGAGACAAAACCACCAAACACACCGCACAUACCGGGACUGAUAAUAAUAAGAAGAAUGAUAAGAGUGCGUCAACUAUUAGUUGGUAAUGAAGAACAUUGCUGCCCAUUGAGUCACGUGGAUACGGUCGUUGAGAAGUAUUUUAGUCGUUCUUUUUGUUAAUUUUAACUGUACUGAUGAAUUCAUUGACGAAACUAAACGCUUAUAAACCUACGUUACGAAUCCACACACAGGGAGACUUGUGUUGAAAUCUUUCUUUUGAUCACAGAAUCUUGCCCGCGAAUGUAUUGAAGCCUUAGCCAAUUGAUAAGCAUUUGCUGAAGCAGGCACACUGCUGGACACCAUUGUUCCAAGACAUUUAGUUAGAUGAAACUGACAUUUAGCUUAUUACAUAAUCUACCAAUGAAUUUAUUGAGGUCUACUUUUGCCUUCGGGACAUGUUUCUUUAUUGCCGUUCGUAUGAAUAUCGUCACAUUUAUUUUUAAGGACUUUUUCCUAUCGUUGUAUAUGCUCGCGUUACUCUGAGAAAUUAACCGAUUGCUCUGUUACACAGUUUAACAACGUAAUCAUUGAGGGUUAAAUGUACGGAUCAAUGAGCACAUCUCCAGGAGUACUGUGUUGACAAUUCCAAGCAUAAGAGUUCGCAUAUUAGAGUGUUAUGUUUUUGUUUAGAAAUUAAAGUUGCUUAACACAGAA